AUGGCAGCCAUGCCCCUGGAAGCCCGGCACCAGGAGGUGAUGACCUUCGAGGACUUGGCUGUGUACUUCACCCAGGCAGAAUGGGCUGGCCUUUCUCCCACACAGAGGGCCUUAUGCAGAGGUGUGAUGCUGGAGAAUUAUGGGAACUUGACAUCCCUGGGAUACCCAAUUCCCACACCUGCCCUGAUCUCACUUCUGGAUGGAGGGGAUUUGUCCUGGGGCCUGGAGGCACAGGAUGACCCACCUGCAGAGAGGACCACAGACAUCUGUAAAGAUACUGAGGCCAACAUUGACAAUGAGUCCACGUCAACCCAGGGAAUUUCUGGAGAAAGAGACAUGAUGUUGUCACAUGGUCUGCAGAAGAGUGUUCUUCAAAGAACCAACUUCCUAGAAACAUAUAAGCUGGAGAAGCACCAGGAAAUCCCCACAGUGAAAAAUAUUAGAGGAAAGGUUCCAAGAAUCCACUGUGAUAGGAAACCCUUCAGAUGUGAGGAGUGUGGGAGAUGCUACAGCUUUCUUUCUUACUAUGUUAGACACCAGAGAAUCCACACUGGGGAGAAACCCUUUGAGUGCAAUGAGUGUGGAAAAGCUUUUAAUGGCAAUUCUUCAUUAAUUCGGCAUCAGAGAGUCCACUCUGGAGAGAAACCCUAUCAGUGUGAGGAGUGUGGGAGAGCCUUCAAUGAUAAUGCAAAUCUCAUCAGGCAUCAGAGAAUCCAUAGUGGGGACAGACCCUAUGUCUGCACGGAGUGUGGAAAUAGUUUCACCAGUAGUUCUGAAUUUGUGAUACAUCAGAGAAUCCAUACUGGGGAGAAACCUUAUGAGUGUAAUGAGUGUGGAAAAUCUUUUGUUCGUAAUUCACCACUACUUUGACAUCAGAAAAUCCACACUGGAGAGAAACCCUAUGAAUGUAACGAGUGUGGCAAAAACUUCAGAAGGAAUUCCCAUCUUAGCCAACAUCAGUGUAUUCACACAGGGGAGAAGCCUUAUGCUUGUAAAAUAUGUGGGCAAGCCUUCAAUUUUCAUACAAAAUUAACUCGGCAUCAGAGAGUCCACAGCGAGGAGAAACCCUUUGACUGUGUAGAUUGUGGAAAAGCCUUUAGCGCUAAGGAACAAUUGAAAAGGCAUGUACGAAUCCAUAUUCAGGAGUUUUCCUAUGCAUGCGAUAAGUGUGGAAAAGUUUUCACUAGCAAAAGAAAUCUUGUUCAGCCUCAAAGAAUCUAUACUAGAGAGAAACCCUAUGAGUGUGUCAAGUAUGAAAAAACCUUCAGGACUUCUUCCCAGCCAGGUCAUGUCCAUCUUGGAGAGCAGCCUGUGCUGGACAUUUGUCAUUUUGGCCUCCCAGAAUUUUUUACCCCCUUUUACUGGUGA